AUGACUGAUUUAGGCUUAAUGCACUACUUUCUCGGGAUUGAAAUAACUCAAAAAGAAGAUGGGAUCUUCAUUUCACAAAAGAAGUAUAAAGAGACACUAUUGAAGAAGAUAAAAAUGGAGGGGUGUAAGAUAGUAUCAACUCCACUAGACAACAACAAAGCAUUCAAGAAAGAGGACGACUCACCAAAAGCAGUUGAAUCAAAGUUUCUAAGUUUAAUUGGACCCUUACUCUAUCUGACAUCUACAAGACCAUACAUUAUGUAUGAAGUCAGUCUCCUAUCAAGAUUCAUGCACGAUCCAAGUCAAGUUCACUACAGAGUAGCCAAGAGAGUUCUUAGAUAUUUGCAAAGAACAAAGAUCUAUGGAAUAUGGUGUGGAGCCACCCAUGACUCACAACUAAUCGGCUACACAAACAGUGACUGGGCAGGAUCACUAGACGAUAUGAAAAGUAUGGCAGGAUAUGCCUUCACAAUUGGAUUAGGGAUAUUUUCCUAG